AUGAAGGCUAGAGGUGGACCCUGCAGCUGGGACUCCCCAGUCCAGGCCCUCAACUGUGCCUCUCAUGGGUCCCCAGAGCCCGCCUACCCAGAUCAACUACUUCCCCAAUCAAAGCCCUGCUCCUUCCUUAAGUCUUUGGGCUCACAGAUGCUGAGACGCGGGGAGACUCUUGACCCAUCCAAAGCCUCCCCUUCUCCUCCUCCCCUCCACUGACAGAAUCAAGGGGGUAUGGCCUGGAGGUGCUCACAAUUGCUACCGGCUCCUGUGCUGCUGCUGCUGCUCCUGGCCUCAGGUGUCUGGGGGUCGACAGUUGUGUCUGAGGAACUUCAUGCAGUGGUAGGACAGGACCUCUCCGUGCGGUGCCAGUACAAGCCUGAAGCAGGGCCUUAUGUGCCGAAAUCAUGGUGUCGGCAGACAUCUCCAAAUAAAUGUAACAGAGUGGUCACAACCUCUGAGCCCCGGAAAGCCGUCAAAGAGUCACAGCACACAAUCUGGGACGAUCCUGAAGCUGGCUUCUUCAGCAUCGCCAUCACUCGGCUCACGGAGAAGGACGCGGCAUUCUACUGGUGUGGGUCAUUUAAUGCUUCCCGAAAUGUAAUCAGUGUUCUCAGAAACAUCAGCCUGGUGGUGUCUCAGGCCUUGCACACUCUUCCUCCACCGACCAGCAUCCAGCUCCAAACAAAGAUGGAGACGACCACCUGGCUCCCAACAAGCACAGUUCUGACCACUUCUCCAGAGGAAACCACCGGCUUUUUCAUCAAUGGCUCUGAGCACAGAAACCACAGUUCUCCUUCCUCUCCGGGCUGGGUCUCCCCGAGGCUUCCCGUCUUUGCGCAGUAUGGACUCCUGCUGUUCAAGGGCCUGAUGCUGUUAGUUUGCUGUGUGGUCCUUUGCCGACGACGCUGCCAGCCCAGUCUCCCCCAAGCUGACCACCCAUGGGAAGUUAAUCUGCAUUGGGGUCAGACCCUCUCACGGCCCCCAGCACCCGUGCCUUCUCUCUCAGGACUUCCUCAUUCUCUCUGCUGCCUCCAUUGGCAUCACAUGCCUCACCGCUCCGUUUCCUGAGUGAGCUACUCACAAGCCCUGUCCACUUGUGCCUGAGUCCAGACUCUAGGAUCGCAUCAGAGCAGAAUGCGAAAACAUCGUAUCCCCUGGCUUCCUCUCCUCUUGCUCCAGAUUCCCUAAAAUGAGAAAAAAAUGACUUAAAGGAUAAGAUGGGGAACCAAGAAAAGCUGUGAUCUGCAGACUACGAACAGAGGAAGCCAAGAAGUCGAAGAAAAAAGGUGGUUUUUUUAACAAGCUCCCCAAACAGACAAACAGACGCUCUUUCAGCCACACGGAAGAGCUGACCACCAGGGGUCAGUGUUGGGCUGGUUUAAUCAAGAGGCAAUCUCAUCUUUGCAGAGAAAGUCUGCUUGUACAAACUUGAUUAUUGACUUGUGUGUGUGUAGGGGAUCCUUUGGGGGAGCAAAACAAUGUCACAUCCAUAAAACAAGAAGAAGCCAGAAUGAUGUUUAGCACAUGUGACGUCAGUACAGCCUGGACCCUGGACAUUCAGCAUGGACA